AUGACGGCCACCCCGUCCACCACUCCGCAGACUGACGAAGUGAACGAGCCGGAGAACGAGGACGUUGGAGGCGAGUACCGCGAGUUCGACCCCGAGGACCCGAACUACGACCAGGAGUUUGCCGAGGACGCCGGCGGAGGCAAGUCCAAUCUAAUCCCCUUUGAUGCAUGUUGA